CUCAGCGCGGGGAACGGUUGCAGGUAGCCUCUAGAAAGGGCCUCCCGCGGGUUCCCCUUCCGUUCUGCCUGGCGACUUCCGCUCUCGGCCGAGCAACAUGGACGCUGCAACCCGCCGGCCGGGCGGCCGCUGAACAGUCGCGGAAGCUUCCCCCCCCCCCCCUGAGUGGCGGCCGGCCCGCCUCUCUGCCCUCCCAACCCGCGCUCGCCUCCCUGCGGCCGGCCGGCCCGGCCCUUCAUGGGGGCGGGCCUCCGCAGCCUGGGCUCGGCUUCCUGUUCAGAGGCGGCCUGGCGCUAGGCGGCGGCCUCUCUGCCCGCGCCCGCCUCGGUGCGGUCACCGAGCCCGGGAGGAGGCUCCAGGGCCGCAUCUCAGGCGGUUGCCCCGAGCCGGGCUGUGCGCCGCCAUGGCCCCAGUGCAGCUGGAAAACCACCAGCUGAUUCCUCCUGGCGGCGGCGGUGGCAGCGGUGGCGGUGGUGGCAGCAGCAGCGGCUCCGCGUCUGUCCCGGCUCCCCCGCCGCCUGGAGCCGCCGUGGCGGCGGCAGCUGCGGCUGCGGCUAGCCCCGGAUACCGGCUGAGCACGCUCAUCGAAUUUCUGCUGCACCGGGCCUACUCGGAGCUUAUGGUGCUGACGGACUUAUUACCAAGGAAAUCUGAUGUGGAAAGGAAAAUAGAAAUUGUACAGUUUGCUAGCCGGACACGUCAACUCUUCGUUCGAUUAUUAGCUUUAGUAAAAUGGGCCAAUGAUGCUGGCAAAGUAGAAAAAUGUGCGAUGAUCUCAAGUUUUUUAGAUCAGCAAGCUAUCUUAUUUGUGGAUACUGCUGACCGCUUGGCCUCCUUAGCUAGAGAUGCCCUGGUCCAUGCACGCCUGCCUAGUUUUGCUAUUCCAUAUGCUAUUGAUGUACUGACUACUGGCUCUUAUCCACGGCUUCCAACCUGCAUCAGGGACAAAAUUAUUCCUCCAGACCCAAUUACCAAAAUUGAGAAACAAGCUACACUUCAUCAGCUUAAUCAGAUUCUUAGACAUAGACUUGUAACGACAGAUCUUCCUCCACAGCUAGCAAAUCUUACAGUGGCAAAUGGCCGUGUGAAGUUUCGAGUUGAAGGAGAAUUUGAAGCAACCUUGACAGUGAUGGGUGAUGACCCUGAAGUCCCAUGGCGUCUUCUCAAGCUAGAAAUUCUAGUUGAGGAUAAGGAAACAGGAGAUGGACGAGCUUUGGUUCAUAGCAUGCAAAUCAACUUUAUCCAUCAGCUGGUCCAGUCUAGGCUCUUUGCUGAUGAGAAACCUCUUCAGGACAUGUACAACUGCCUACAUUGUUUCUGCUUAUCACUUCAAUUAGAAGUAUUACAUUCCCAGACGCUAAUGUUGAUCCGAGAGCGGUGGGGAGACCUUGUACAGGUGGAAAGAUACCAUGCUGGAAAGUGCCUCUCCCUCUCAGUUUGGAAUCAACAGGUUCUAGGGAGAAAAACAGGCACAGCAUCUGUUCACAAAGUUACAAUUAAAAUCGAUGAGAAUGAUGUCUCCAAGCCUUUACAGAUUUUUCAUGAUCCUCCUUUGCCAGCUUCUGAUUCUAAAUUAGUAGAAAGAGCCAUGAAGAUUGACCACUUAUCAAUAGAAAAGCUCCUGAUUGACAGUGUACACGCAAGAGCCCACCAGAAGCUGCAGGAACUGAAGGCCAUUCUUAGAAGCUUCAAUGCUAACGAAAACUCUUCCAUAGAGACUGCACUUCCAGCUCUUAUUGUACCCAUCUUGGAGCCCUGUGGUAAUUCGGAGUGCCUACACAUUUUUGUAGAUUUGCAUUCUGGAAUGUUCCAAUUGAUGCUUUAUGGACUUGACCAGGCCACUCUGGAGGACAUGGAAAAAUCUUUGAAUGAUGACAUGAAGCGGAUUAUCCCUUGGAUUCAGCAACUUAAGUUUUGGCUGGGACAACAGCGUUGCAAACAAUCUAUAAAACAUCUGCCUACAAUAACCACUGAAACGUUGCAGCUUGCCAACUAUUCAACACAUCCCAUUGGAAGCCUUUCUAAGAAUAAGCUGUUUAUUAAACUUACUCGCCUUCCACAGUACUACAUUGUUGUGGAAAUGCUUGAGGUUCCUAAUAAGCCCACACAGCUAUCGUACAAGUAUUACUUUAUGUCUGUGAGUCCUACAGAUCGUGAGGACGGCCCUGUCAUGGCACUGCUGCUUCAGCAAUUCAAGGACAACAUCCAGGACUUGAUGUCCUGUACAAAGACUGGGAAACAGACCAGAACUGGUACCAAGCACAAGUUGUCCGAUGACCCAUGUCCGGUAGAAUGCAAGAAAGCCAAACGAUCAGGAGAAAUGUGUGCCUUCAAUAAAGUUCUAGCUCACUUUGUCGCUAUGUGUGACACCAACAUGCCAUUUGUAGGUCUUCGAUUGGAGUUGUCCAACCUGGAGAUAGCACAUCAGGGAGUGCAAGUGGAAGGUGAUGGCUUCAACCAUGCAAUUCGUUUAUUAAAAAUUCCUCCCUGUAAGGGAAUAAGUGAGGAAACACAAAAGGCCCUGGACCGGUCUCUUCUUGAUUGCACUUUCCGAUUACAAGGUAGAAAUAACCGCACAUGGGUGGCAGAGUUAGUAUUUGCUAAUUGUCCGCUUAAUGGCACUUCUACCAGGGAGCAAGGGCCAUCCCGACAUGUUUACCUGACGUAUGAAAAUCUGUUGUCUGAACCUGUCGGUGGUAGGAAAGUUGUUGAAAUGUUUCUUAAUGACUGGAGUAGCAUUGCCCGAUUAUACGAGUGUGUGUUAGAAUUUGCACGUUCUCUACCAGAAAUCCCUGCUCAUCUGAAUAUUUUCUCAGAAGUUCGUGUUUAUAAUUAUCGAAAACUUAUCUUGUGUUAUGGAACCACCAAAGGAAGCUCGAUUAGUAUCCAGUGGAAUUCCAUUCAUCAGAAAUUUCACAUUUCUUUGGGAACAGUUGGCCCAAACUCAGGUUGCAGUAACUGUCACAAUACCAUUCUCCAUCAGCUCCAAGAAAUGUUCAACAAAACACCAAACGUGGUUCAGUUAUUACAGGUUUUAUUUGAUACUCAGGCACCGUUAAAUGCCAUCAACAAACUCCCUACUGUUCCAAUGUUGGGCUUGACACAGAGAACUAACACCGCCUACCAGUGCUUCUCCAUAUUACCGCAGUCAUCUACCCACAUCAGACUGGCCUUCAGGAACAUGUACUGCAUUGACAUAUACUGCCGCAGUCGCGGCGUUGUGGCAAUACGGGACGGAGCCUAUAGUCUUUUUGAUAACAGCAAGUUAGUUGAAGGCUUCUAUCCUGCACCAGGAUUAAAGACUUUCCUGAACAUGUUUGUUGAUAGCAAUCAAGAUGCUCGGAGAAGAUCUGUAAAUGAGGAUGAUAACCCUCCUUCUCCUAUAGGAGGUGAUAUGAUGGACUCUUUAAUAUCACAGCUCCAGCCACCCCAGCAACAGCCAUUUCCAAAGCAGCCAGGGACAUCAGGAGCUUACCCUCUUACUUCACCCCCUACAUCCUAUCACAGCACAGUUAAUCAGUCCCCCUCUAUGAUGCACACACAGUCUCCAGCUGUCACUUCUCAACCAGUCUCAUCAUGGCAGCCCCUUCCUCUGCUGCAUGCCUCUUCCACAGCCACUAAGAUUGCUCAAGGAAAUCUGCAUGCUGCCAGCUCCCCCAGUGGGGCUUUGAGAGCCCCAUCACCUGCGUCAUUUGUUCCAACUCCUCCCCCAUCCUCGCAUGGAAUCUCAAUAGGACCAGGGGCCAGUUUUGCUAGUCCACAUGGAACCCUUGACCCUAGUUCUCCAUACACUAUGGUGUCACCAAGUGGACGAGCAGGAAACUGGCCUGGGUCUCCUCAAGUGUCUGGACCCUCACCAGCAACCCGCCUGCCUGGAAUGUCACCAGCUAACCCAUCUCUGCAUUCUCCUGUUCCAGAUGUUUCUCACUCCCCUCGAGCUGGCACAAGUUCCCAGACAAUGCCAACCAACAUGCCUCCACCUCGAAAACUACCUCAGCGCUCCUGGGCAGCAUCCAUACCCACCAUUCUCACUCAUAGUGCCUUGAACAUCUUACUGCUACCCUCUCCAACGCCAGGCCUUGUGCCUGGCCUGGCAGGUAGUUACCUUUGUUCCCCACUUGAGAGAUUCCUUGGAUCUGUCAUCAUGAGACGACACCUUCAAAGAAUUAUCCAACAGGAAACGUUACAGCUGAUCAAUUCCAAUGAACCUGGUGUAAUCAUGUUCAAGACAGAUGCCCUGAAAUGCAGAGUAGCCCUUAGUCCCAAGACCAACCAGACCCUUCAGCUAAAAGUGACACCUGAAAAUGCAGGACAGUGGAAACCUGAUGAGCUUCAAGUUUUGGAGAAAUUCUUCGAAACAAGAGUUGCAGGACCACCAUUUAAAGCCAACACACUUAUAGCCUUCACCAAGCUGUUGGGAGCACCAACACACAUCCUCCGGGACUGUGUGCAUAUAAUGAAGUUGGAGCUGUUCCCAGACCAAGCAACGCAGCUGAAAUGGAACGUUCAGUUUUGCCUCACCAUCCCUCCCAGCGCACCACCAAUUGCACCUCCUGGGACACCAGCUGUGGUCCUGAAAUCCAAAAUGCUAUUUUUUCUUCAACUAACUCAGAAAACAUCAGUCCCUCCCCAAGAACCUGUUAGUAUAAUAGUUCCAAUUAUUUAUGAUAUGGCUUCAGGUACCACCCAGCAGGCAGACAUUCCCAGACAGCAGAACUCUUCUGUUGCUGCGCCAAUGAUGGUCAGCAACAUUCUGAAGAGGUUUGCAGAGAUGAACCCUCCACGACAAGGUGAAUGCACAAUAUUUGCAGCUGUUCGUGAUUUAAUGGCUAAUCUUACACUGCCCCCUGGUGGGCGUCCAUAGACACUAUUGUUUUAAAACCAGGAAGGCUGACAAAUGAAACAAAACAACACACACACACAAAAAGGCUGAAUUCAGCCAUCAGUUUUAAAAAGGAAAAGGACUUUUUUUAACCUUAAGAGCUAAAUAUUCUAAACUGGCAACAUUUUCAGGGUGCACUUCAUCAAAAAGACCAUCAUCAAUUUUUUUGUAUAGUGAACUUGUAUAGUGUGUUUAAAUGCGACACAUUUCAAACUAGGUAACAGAUCAGUGUCCUCGUGCCAGUAAUAGAUUUAACAUUAUGUUUUAUACUAUAAAAUAAUGAAAUGCCGAACUUGUUUAUUUAAUUGUUUUCUUAUGUUUUGGGUGUAUUAGUCCUUUUUGAUUUUUAUUUUGUUUUUUUAAGAAGGCAGGUAUGUCAGUUUUGAAUACUGUAAAACUGUGACAAACUUUAUAUUGAAGCUGUAUUUUAAUAUGACCGCUUUGAAUCCUUACUCAGAAAUGGUUUUGGGAGCUGUUAAACACAUCCCAAAGAAGCAAUAUUUAAUAAAUCUAGGCUAUAAAAGAGACACACACUUGUGUAUGUAUAAGCUCUCUAGAGUUCAUCUUUAACCUGGUGGGGCCAGUCAGUUUUUUAAUUAUUUAUGUCUGAAAUUUGACCAAAAACAUUUUUGUUUUAAGGUUAGUUUCUUCAGACAUUCCUAACCUGACUGGUGAUAACAUUUAGCACCUCAGUUAUUUUUCAGUAUAGGACUUGGAUAAAAUGAAAGAGCUUUGUCUUUGAAAAGAGACGGUGAUUUAUAAUGAUCAAGGAUCCCAAAUAAUGCAGUUCUCAUGUGUGAGAAAAUGGGAACCUUUUUUGCUAGGAAAAUGUCAUUUUUAAUGUAUACUUGCAUACAGCAUUAACUAGGAAGCAAAAAAAAAAAAAAAAAAAAGCGUGACUGCUCUAAUUUGCAUGACGUUUUUCUUUUACCUUAUUUAACUUUUUACCUUCCCCAGCCCAAUUGGGGUUGUUCUAAACAAUCUCAAUUUAAUCUAUUUUCAGCAAAACGAUAGGAUGUUUUGCUGGAUCCAACCUAGUCUAAUUGUUUGAGAAGCCCCAGUGCAGGGAUUGUCCAGUGUUCAGUGGAGUUUCUGGCACUGGCACAUCUCAAUAGGAUUUUUUAAGAGUACUGUACUGUCUCUUGCAGCCAGUCAGGGACUUUUUAAGCUUUGAUGAAUUAUGGUCUGAUUCAAAUGUCUUCUGAUAACUUGAUGUUAUUUGGAGCCGCUUUUUUUGUUUUGUGUGUUUUUUUUAAAUGAUAUCAUGCUGAGUUAUAUCUAGACAAUGUAUUAUGAUCCUUGAAAUUUUAGAUGUUUGUCUGAUUAUAAGUAUAACCAUGAAAUUCUAGUUUUUUAAUUAUCUUAUUGCAACUGUAUCAUGUGUUCUCAACUUGGCUUGCGUCUCCCUUUGCAGUCAGAGUUGAGGCCUUCUUUGUCUUCUUUGUCUCUUUUCUGCCUUCAUCUCCUGCUUUUCACCCAACUCUGCCACUGUUCCAGAGUAGGUGACUAAACUUUUAUUCUUCCUUUAGCUUAACCUUUUUCUCCUUCUGUUUUCAGUUCUCUUCGCAGUACUAAUCACAUGGGUUUGGCAAUCUAAGAUGUCUUGAUCAGGAGUCAAUCCUUUUCUAUUUGGACCUGAAUCCUAUCUUUCGUGUAGAAAUCUACAUGUAUAUACAAGAAAUGUAUUUUUAUCUGCAGGAUGAUAUUGUUUCAAAUAAUUUUAUUAAUAGAAUUAACUUUUCAGGUAUUUUCUCUUUUAAGUGUGGUUUUAAAAAUGUUAAAUGCUUUUUUAUACAUGAUGCAUUCAAUGGCUACUUUUUUCUUAAUUAUAACUCACCUUUGAAUGCAUUGUGUAAAUCAAGUAAGAUAGGAUUCAAUGAACAGAAUUUGAUUUUGAUGCUUAUUAAGAGUAAACCAAUGAAUUUGAAUUUUGAUAUCAUGCUUGGUACUUGGAAUUGGUAUAUACUUUAUUAAAGCUUGGAAAUACUUAGCAUUUGAAUCGUAACUUUCAUCACGAACCAUGUCUUCUGCCUCUUUUGUUAACUAGAUUCAAUCAAAGAAACUGGAUGCCAUAGUGAUUUUUCUCUAGUAGGUGGUUUGGAACUUGAUUUUAAGGUGUUUUCAAUGUGAUUUUAGUAUUUACGGUAAUAAAUAAAAUUUAUACAAGUUUCAGAGAAC